AGAACCUUUUGGAUCACUCAGGUAACGUGACAAGACCUUGGAUUUAUCAAUUUGAAAGCCAAAGCUGCCAGUUGAGUUCCUUCUCAAAAAGCGAGCAUCACGCUCAAUUCUCUCCAGAUGUGCAGCAUAACCCCCCAACUCACCCAAUCCCAUCAUUUUUAACUUCCAAGAACUGCAUUGCUUUCCAGGAGAUUUUCCUCAUAUCAACCAUGGUUUCUGAGAGAAAUUUGUCCAAGAAUGUGUGCAUAAUCGGUACGGGACCAUCGGGGUUGGUGGCAGCUAGGGAGCUGAGAAAUGAAGGGCACAAUGUGGUGGUUUUUGAACAAAACCAUGAUGUGGGAGGGCAAUGGCUAUAUCAACCUAAAGUUGAACAUGAAGAUCCUUUAGGAAGGAAUAAUAUCCUAAUAGUACAUAGCAGUAUUUAUGCAUCAUUAAGGCUCACAUCACCAAGAGAGAUCAUGGGGUUUACUGAUUUUCCUUUUGUGGUGAAGAAAGGGAGGGAUCCAAGGAGAUUUCCUGGCCAUAAGGAGCUUCUCUUGUAUUUACAAGAUUUUUGUGAAUAUUUUGGGCUAAGGGAGAUGAUAAGAUUCAAUACUAGAGUUGAGUAUGUGGGGAUGCUGAAUUAUCCCGAAUUCGGUAAGGACUUGAGAUGGAUUGUGAAGAGCAAAGAGAAGGAAGCUGAGGAAGGGGUGGAGGAAGUCUUUGAUGCUGUGGUUGUUGCAACUGGUCAUUACUCUCAACCAAGGUUGCCCAACAUUAAAGGAAUGGAUGCAUGGAGAAGAAAACAGAUGCAUAGCCACAUUUACAGGGUUCCAGAACCCUUUCGGAAUGAGGUAGUUGUGGUGGUUGGAAACUCACUAAGUGGUCAAGAUAUAGGAAUGGAGCUUGUAGAUGUGGCAAAGGAGAUCCAUCUCAGUGCCAAAUCUCUUGAUGUUUCUGAAGGAUUGUCAAAAGUUAUAUCCAAGCACCAAAAUUUACAUCUUUGUCCACAGAUAGAUUCAUUACAUGAAGAUGGGAGGGUAUUGUUCGUAGAUGGUACUUCAAUCGAUGCAGACACUAUCAUAUACUGUACAGGGUACUCCUACUCCUUUCCAUUUCUUGACACCAAAGGAAUGGUAAUAGUUGAUGAUGAUAGAGUGGGCCCACUUUAUGAGCACACCUUCCCCCCUUCUCUUGCUCCAUCUCUCUCCUUCGUUGGCAUACCCAGAAAGCUCAUAGGAUUUCCUUUCUUUGAGUCACAAGCAAAAUGGAUUGCCCAGCUGCUGUCUGGGAAAAGAACACUCCCCUCAUGGGAUGAGAUGAUGCAAUCCAUCAAGGAAUUUUAUCGUUCAAGAGAAAUUGAUGGCAUUCCAAAGCAUAAUACCCAUGAUCUAGCUAAUUUUGAGUACUGUGACAAGUAUGCAGACUACAUAGGAUUCCCACAUUUAGAAGAAUGGAGGAAAGAACUCUGCCUGUCAGUACUAAGAAAUGCAGAUAAGAACUUGGAUACAUAUCGAGAUUCAUAUGAUGACAGUGAGAUGCUACAAGAAGCUUAUCAAAGUCCACACUUCGCUCACCUUGGUCCCGAGACUUUUUGAAUCUGAAAGCAUAAACACAGAUGGAGUGCAACCAAUUUUAAUUCAUUUAUUUCUGAAGUAGAUUUGUCCAGCCAUGUAGUAUUUACUAGCUUCUAUCAGAGUGGAUUUUUUUUCUUCUUUCUAUUCAGGAAAGAAAUUUUGUUUUCUUUAUUUAAAUAUUAUAGCUGAAGGCUAUUCUCAAAUAAUUAUUGUAUGAUAUAUGAAGUGAAAUCCAUUUAUAAGACCUCA